CAAAAAGAGCCGUUCGUUCGCGAAAUUAUAUUCCAGCGAUGGGAGGGAUUUAUUGGCCCCAUAUCCACUAUAACAGAUACAACGGAAGAAACUGGAGUUUCAAUUUAAUGUGAAAUGUCUGACUGUUAAAACUCCUGAAACUAUUGCGAAUCAACUGGCGAAAGGAGGCCAUGGACAUAGAUUACAUUGUCUUUGAAUAAUUGCCACAUUCUUGACAUUUGCAAAUCUUGAACACCAUCGUUGUGUUCCCUCCAUAACGUAAAUCCCACUGUCUUUAUAUCGGAUUCUAUGAAGAUUCAACAAUGCCAGCCGAAGGGACAAGUAGGUCCAACCUGACUGGUCUCUUGUUGACAUAUAACUUCAAAGUUGUGUGUUCUGCAUGCUCUGUAAAAGAAAACGAAAUCUCGUACACCCUUAAAGCAGUCGACCACCAUUGCAGCAGGGAACUUCUAUUGGCUAAAGGCAAAGGUACUAACAAAUGGAGGCUUGUUUCCCGUCGCCCUGAAUUUCCAAACCCAAGCCAGUAUGAAGUUUGUUGGUUCUUCAAGGAGGGCUCUGGGUGUAUGAAGCACAGGAACCGCUGCACCUUCGCAAGGAGUCAUGAGGAGGCCACAGUAUGGAACUUUGUAAAGCACCAGAGGAUAGAUCACAGCACGUUAAUUAGACUGAUAACCGAGUCGGAUAGAAGUGCCGUCCAACUGCAAAACAUGGCUGAAAACAUCCUCACUGAGUUCUCAGGGACAUUUCAAGAGCUUUGUAAAGACUGCUUCCUCGGCACUCCACCAACAAUUACAGGUAAACGGUGGAACAACACUUGCUCAGUGGAUGCAGCCCAUGUCUGGAGCCCAGUCUUGGUUCAUCACCUGGCAGAAAGUCAGGGGAAGCAAGUCUACAAUCAGAUAAGGCCUCUGCCCCCAGUCUGCCCUUUCCAGUACUGCAACCAUGUCAUGCAAGGUAUGCCCUGUUGGCAUGGGCCCAGACAGUGCCAGUUUGCCCACAGCGAGGUGGAGAUGGCUGUCUGGCGAGCAGAGGCUCAUGGGGGGAGUCGCCAGGAACUCCUGCAGCUCUCCCAGGAGAGGCAACGUCAGAAGCAACAGUCGGCUCAAGACGUAGUGCCCGCCCCUAACCUGCAGGUGGCGAUCUACUGCAAGGCUUGCCUCGUAACCCUCUCCUCCCGGGAGAGCUUUUUCAAGCACUGUGCCUCAUUGGAGCAUGCCCAGAUGAUCUCCGGGGACACGACCACAGAUUGGAAACAUCGUCCCCCGCCCCACGGCCGCAAAGCAGAGUUUUGGCUGUGCGAGAGGCCUGACACCUGUGAAUAUGGCACCAACUGUGUGAAAGCUCACUCUGAGGAGGAGCUUGAAGAGUGGGUAAUGCGAGCCAAAGAGGACAAGGAGAUAAGGCGCAACAUAGAGGCUCAAGGCCUCAUGUCUUACAGGGAUCGUCUUUUGGAGGAGUACAGACACAGCAGCAAUGAAGUGCACAUUAUGUCAGAGCAAGUUGAUGACGUGACUGUCACUUUUGAAGAGGAUUUGUGUGUGGAGUGUGUGGAGACUGAUGCAGAAUUCCAAUGGAAGUUCCAGAUCAAAACAGAGAGACUACUUGCACAUGUAGCAUUACUGAAACAGGAACCUGGAGCCUCUUUCUCCCUGGAUGAAAACAGUCCUGAGCCCUGCACUUACUCCAUGGGUGAAUCGUUCUGUAACUCAGACAUGACCUAUGACAUCACCGUGUCCUUCAAGUCCAACAACCCGGGUCUUUACGAACAGUGGUUGGUGUUCGACUUUGACAUGAGGCCAGUGCUCCUGCAGAAACUGAAGGUUAAAGUCGGACAGCAGCUAUCCCCUAAGCUCGAGGAGCCACCUGAGGACGUUGGGCCCCCUUCCCAGAAUCUGGAACGCUGGCAUCGGGGGAACAGGGUCUUCAUCCCCUGCUUGGAAAAGACAGAAGUACAGGAAGAGCUUCUGAAGGAGUACAAGCCUCCUCAGAUUAGUUUGCGGUAUAAACCACUUGACGACCGCAACACGCCCAUGAAUCACCAGAAUUACAAAGAGAGGAUGCACAGCUUCCUGUACACAGAGGAGCAGGCAGAAGAUCAGGUGGUUUCAAGACUCAAUGUUCGAGGGACCAUCACCUUGUCGGCCACCCUAGACAACCCUCUGUUCGGGAUGAAGAUAGCUCCUCUGGGGGAACUAUUCUGUGCCGUCUCAGUUCCUUAUAAUCUCACCCCAGACACCCCAGAGGGUUUGAUGCUGAGACGAGGCAUCCAAUCAGCUCUCAUAGCACCAGUAUCUUCAGAUAAUCAAAGUCACAAGGUCUACGAAGCCAUCAUUCUCAGAGACGCCACCAGUGAGUAUAAAAUACACUUGCAGCUGUCUAAAAGAUGCUGCUCUGACCUGAAGCUCCAAAAAAAUGAAACAUGUGAAAUGGAAGUUCAGUUCCAGCUGAAUCGUCUGAAGUUUUGUGAGAUGCACAAAGCCAUAGAUCUCCUUCCAGACACAGAGAGAGUGUUACCAGACUUCAGGAACUGCAGUGUCCCUGUUAACAAAAUACAAUACCCCAAACUCAAUGCAAAGCAGCAGGCAGCCAUUGAUUUCAUCAUAGGGGACUCCGAUGGAAGAGAAAGUGUGGCCCCCCUCCUCAUUUAUGGACCAUUUGGAACUGGAAAAACCUUCACGCUCGCUACAGCAGCCAAAGAGCUGGUACGGCAGCCUCACACCAGAGUACUGAUCUGCACUCUUACAAACAGCUCUGCAGAUUUGUAUGUCAAAGACCACUUCCACUCAUACAUUAACUCUGGACACCCUGAGAUGAAGCCACUGAGGAUAAAAGCAAAUAAACUAGGGGUUCCAGUGAGUGCCACAGAUGAGAUCACACAGAAGUACUGCCUUCUAUCAGAAAACGGACAGUUUUUCCUACCUCCUGCCAAAUGUGAUUUAGAUUGCCAUCGAAUAGUCAUCACAACUACUGCAAUGGCAAGGCACUUCCAGGACCUGAAGCUCCCUGGCGGCUACUUCACCCACAUCCUGAUUGACGAAGCGUCCCAGAUGCUUGAAUGUGAAGCUCUGAUGGCCCUUGGUCUGGCUGGGCCAGUAACUCGAGUGGUUCUAGCUGGAGAUCACAUGCAGAUGGGACCAAAGCUCUUUUCAGUGGACGAUGACCAACGCUCCAAUCACACCUUGCUGAACCGUCUGUUCCACUACUAUCAAGCCCAAGAGAGUAGUGCAGCUUUGAAAAGCAGAAUCAUUUUCAACGAGAACUAUCGCUCCACCAAAGAGAUAGUAGAAUUCGUGUCCACUAACUUCUAUGUUGGCAAGUCUGAUGCCAUCAAGGCUGUAGGUAAUGUCCCAGCUCAUCCGAACUGCCACCCCCUGAGGUUCCACCAUGUCAGAGGAGAAUCUCACUUGGACAACACAUCCAUGUCGUGGUUUAAUCUUGAAGAGGUUACAUGCGUGGUUAAAAUAGUGCAAAAUCUACUCAGAGAUUGGCCACCCGCAUGGGGGAAUAAGGAUCAACGCUCAGUCUGUGUUCUCUCUGAAGGAUGCCAGGUUCCAAUGAUCAGGAAAGAGCUUCGGAAAAUAUCCCUGAGCCGAGUGACUGUGGAAAAUAUUGCCAAUGUUCAAGGCAAACAGUUUAGAGCAAUAGUAUUGACAGCCGUUCAAACCCGUGACAGCAUUCACCCUUCUGACUCACAUUGUGUGGAGUUUUUCAACGAUGCUCGCGUGCUGAACACGGCCAUGACUAGGGCUCAAUCCCAGGUUGUUGUGGUUGGAGAUGCUGCCGCUCUGUGCUACUUUGGAAAGUGCUCAAGAAUCUGGAGGAACUACAUUGACCAGUGUAUAACAAAGGGAAGUGCUGAACCGAAACACCUUACACAAGACAUAAUUGAUAGUGAUAUCAAGGAAAUGUCAAGAUUCCAGCGGUCAGAAGACCUGGAUGAGACCAGCGCUCAGUCAGUUAUGUUCGGCACAGGGAACAACGUGGAUGCGAUUCUCCAACAGCUGCAAGAGGAGCAAAACAUGGCAAUGUACAAUUCAUCUGAUGGAGACAAAUCGGAAUCGAAAAAUGUAGACCAAAAAAGACCAUACGAUAGUACCAAAGAUGAAAGAGUUGAGUUGUUGCGGUUGUUGAGAGAGCAGCCAAAUGUGUACAAGCAAGGUGAAUUGGUCAUGGAGAAAUAUAACGCCGGUUAUAUCAUACCAUCUGACAACCCAACUAAGCACAUUAUCAUCAAAGGUAGAGCUAACCUCGGCAAGUCCUUCGCUGGUGACGAAGUGGUGGUAGAAGAAUUUCUUCGUGAGGGCCAUUCACAGGGAAAGGUGAUAGGCACCAUCAAGGCAGCUGAAUCCUCUCGUGUGUUUGUUUGUACCCUCGAAGAUGAAGAUUACCAUAAACGCAAAACGUCUGAAUAUCAAUAUCUCAGAAAGAUAAUGGUACCCCUCAAUAAGAACACUACCAAAAUUUGCACCUUGGUCAAUAAGAAGAGUCGCAAUUUUAUUCCAAUAUGGAAGCACGAUGACGGAGAAUGGGAGAUUGUCAGACGUCAAUACCUUGAUGAAGACAUCAAACGCAAUCAUGUCUUUGUGGUGGAGGUCUUUGACUGGAAAACGAAAAAAGAAAGCAAUGAAAUCUAUCCCUUUCCGUUAGGGAACGUGAUAGAUAUUGUUCCCAUAGGAUCAUCUUUGGAAGAGGGCUUAAAGAUUUUGGACGCAGAAUUUCAAGUCGAACCAUCGCCUCCCAGACAUGUUUUAGAUGAAGUGUGUUCCUGGGAAGACACCCACAUUGGUAACAGAGAGGACCUCCGAAGGUUGACUACUUUCACUGUUGACCCAAAGAAGUCCCAAGACUUGGAUGAUGCAAUUAGUGUCAUUGACAAGGACAGCUAUUAUGAGAUUGGAGUCCACAUAGCAGAUGUGGCAAGUUUCGUGAAGAUUGGUGAUUCGUUGGAUGAUUGUGCACAAAAACAGGGUGCUACAUUUUACAGUCCUAAAGAACCAGUUUACAUGUUCCCAAAACCAUUUAGCCUCAACCACUUGAGUCUCCUGCCUGGUCGAGAUCGUAUGGUGAUUUCAUUAGUGGUACAAGUAGACAAGGCAACAGACAAAAUCAUUGACAAGAACUUCAAUCUUUCUCAGAUCAAUUCUGAUAGAAAGUUAUCUUAUGAAGAGGCGGAGGACAUCAUCAGUAAGCAGUCAAGAGAAGAGGCCAAGUUUGAUACUGUAGAAGACUGUGUUGCUGUGGCAUAUCGUUUUGCCAAAGUCCAAAGGAAGGCCAGGCUUGGCAAGGAUUGGAACUAUAAACGACUGGAUGAUCACCAGAUGCCGGGGAAGAGGAGAUCCCAUCAGAUGAUUGAGGAGCUUAGUGUACUGUUCAACAAUUCUGUGUCUGAAUUUUUGAUCAACGCAAAAGAAACCACGCACUGCACUCCUCUCCGAUGUCAAGCAAGACCUGACCCUAAAAUGGUCAAAGACUUGAAAGCGCAGUGCAAAGACAUCAUAUCACUGUCCUCACACCUAAGGCACAACCUUGACCACGACCAAGAGGUCUUGGAGAGCAAAAGCUUCCCCGUGCUAACAUCAGUGUGGAAUGAGAUCCUAUCAGCUGCUGGGAACGGGGAAGUUGACACUGACAGAAUGAUUGAUCUGAUAGCUACAGAUGACAUCUAUCCCCAGCUCCUUCCAGUGAUAUAUAAGUUUAGGAAGUGUCUUGGCAAAGCGUAUGUCAUCCGUUCCAAUUCAUCCCCUAAGGCAACUGUUGGGCACUAUUCCUUGCAUCUGAAGUCCUAUACACAAGCAUCCUCGCCCAUACGUCGCUACAUGGAUGUUAUCCUGCAAAGGCUUUUGCAUUCAAUUCUAAGCGGCACUCCAGUCCAAUAUUCUCCACAAGACAUUGACAUUCUGGGUCAGAAGAAUGAAGAAAGAUACAAGAAGGCCAAUGAGUAUGAAAAGAGGGCUGAGAUGAUUUCCUUUGCCAUGGACAUGAAGAAACAAAAUGCUUUGAAGAUAGCAUUUGUUGUUGGUGUUGAGGUAGGAGACAGUUUCAAGCUGUCAUUUCCAUUUGACAGUCACUCAUUUCCAGACAGUUUGCCUGUUAUGUACAGAGAUUUGCAACUGGAGGAUCAACCACUGUACGACUCAAACGAGAAUCACAUGACUCUAACAUGGAGAAGACGAGUGUACUCAGUUGACACUGCCAAAACUCACCAAGAGCUAAAAAGGGUGCAAAAUUCUUCUGCAUGUACCGAGCUUUCACAAAAGACUUGGCGAGACAUUGUUGAUGCAAUUGACCAGGAAAAAUGGAACAUAGCAAGGUCUCUCAUACUAAGCGCCACAACAAAGCAAAUGGAACAUUUUAAGAGUGUGCCAAAACAUACCACAAUGGAUUUGCUUGACACUGGGAAUGACUCUCAUAGAACUGCACAUGGACAAGAUGAAAAAAUUGAAAUGGAGCACUAUGUUGAUCUUACUCUCCGGUUGAAGCCAGGAGACACACUUCCGGUCCAAAUUACAUCUGAAAAAAAGCGAGGUUAUUGGACACCCACUCUUCAGUUGGUGUGCAUCAAACCAACAUUUGAGGUGUGUGUAGACCAUGCGCACAGCCCUAUCACAUGCUUCUCCAAAUGUGCAGACCGUCCAUCCAAGAGUGAAUAUAGAAACGCUGAAGAGUAUGUGGGAAUCUGGAAACCACUUUGUGAGAUGGAGUCUGCAGCCAAUGCUGUGGAUGAAAGUGACAUCAUAAUCAUUGAGGACCUGGAGCUGAACUUGCAAGCAAGCAAACGAGAAGGAAGUUUUGACCUUCCUCUCGUAUACAUUAAAGAAUGGGCCAUUGAAUGCAACCUUAACAAGUGCUUACUGUGUAUCCGAAAAAGAGGGUUGAAACUGGCCUCAACCCCUGACCAAUCAGAUGAAGUAGUUGACCCUCAAAACUACACAUGGGUGGCCCAUGGUUUUACAACCAAGUUCGACGAACCAAAGAAGAACUCUCCAAAUCAAGCCAGAAAAGUGCACUUCUACAUCAACCAUUUGCCAAUGGUUACCAUUCCAGAGUGUGUCUCCCAGAGAAAGACAAAAUAUACAGUUGAGAUAAUCCCAAAGCUUCUACCAGACGUACGUAAAGAAAUGGCUGUGAACAAUGUUGUGCAUGCAAAUGAGCUUGUGCAGAAAAUAGCCCUAGGACAACCUAUUCCAAAAGGAGCUUCGCAAUCUGUUGUACCACGACACAUACGCAUGAGAGAAAAGGCACCAGAAGGUCUCCCAGAGCUGAAUAAGAGUCAAUAUGAUGCAGUGGAGAAAGCUCUGAAUAACAACUUCACACUCAUACAAGGACCACCUGGGACUGGAAAGACCGUUGUAGGAGUGUACAUUGUGUACUGGUACCAUGUGCUAAACUCCCACAACCCCAGGAUAUUUGAAGAUCCCAAGGACAAGGACAAGAAAGAAGUUAUUCUCUACUGUGGUCCUUCCAACAAGUCUGUUGAUGUGGUUGCUGAGUACCUGUUGAGGUUUGGAGACAAGCUGAAGCCCCUCAGGUUGUACAGCCGACAAAUGGAGAUGCUGGAGUACCCAUACCCAGGCAGUAUCCUUCAGCUGUCUCCCAGGUCACUUCGCCAAGAGCGGUCCAAGCCAAAACUCAGAGCUAUUACCUUGCAUCAUCGCAUACGGGAAGAACAAAAUCCGCAUUCUGGGGAAAUACAAGAGUUUGACCGCAGAAUACAGGAGAGAGAGGAGCUGACAGACGAAGAAGUUGAGGACUACAAAAAGCUUCUGAAUAAAGCUCGUGUGUAUGAGCUGCAGAGACAUGAUGUCAUUCUGUGCACCUGCACAGCAGCCUCCACUCCUAACCUGAUUAAAACAGUCAGUGCACGCCAGAUCCUUAUUGAUGAAUGUGCUAUGGCAACGGAACCUCAGGCCCUCAUCCCAUUGGUCAGCAACAAACCAGAAAAGAUUGUGUUGCUUGGUGACCACAAACAACUACGUCCCAUCAUCAAGAAUGAACUUGUGAGGAAGUUGGGGAUGUCAAAGUCUCUGUUUGAGCGCUACUUUGAACGCCGGUCCCAGACAGUGAUGCUGGAUACCCAGUACAGAAUGCAUGAAGAUAUAUGCAAGUUCCCAUCAGAGGAGUAUUAUGAAGGCAAACUGAAGACUGACGUGGAUCGCCCAAAUAGUGUCCUUCAGGCUGACGGCAGGCAGACGCACAUUGUUUUCGGCAACGUCAGUGGAGAAGAGGUCAGCCUGGUUGUGAGCACAGAAAAAGGAAAUGAAAACUCCAAAGCGAAUAUGGAGGAGAGAGACAUAGUGGUUCGGCUCGCCGAGCAGCUGGUGACAGAAUCCAAAGUAAAACAACAGAGUAUGGCGAUCCUAUCUCCCUACAAUGCCCAGGUGGCCGAAAUUAAGAAAGAACUGAGAAAAAUGAAACUGGACGAAAUCACGGUCACCACCAUCACAAAAAGUCAAGGAAGUGAAUGGCGCUAUGUCAUCCUGUCCACUGUGCGCUCCUUACCCAGCAAGGAGAUCGAGACAGAGCCGGACUGGGCCUGGCUGUCCAAACAUGUGGGCUUUGUUCGUGACCCCAACCAGAUAAACGUGGGCAUUACCAGGGCCAAAGAGGGACUGUGCAUUAUCGGUAACCAGGAGUUGUUGAGCCGCAGUGGCGCUUGGAGACAACUCCUCAAACAUUAUACGGCAAGGAACUUUGUCACAGAAGCUAAAAAGAUCUCUGUGCGCAAAGUAGCAAAAUAGCCUGUAAGCACUGUCUACAUUGAGCGACGUGGUCUCGGCACCGGUUCGGUGCACAAUGAAGAGUAAAAAUCACUUUUUUCAGGAUACAUUUAUGAUGUUGCUUCAGUUUCAAUGUUGAGUCAAAUGAGUUAAAUACUGCACUCACUGUCAUUUUUAAUGUGACCUUUCAAUGUUAUUCAAUGGUCUCCUUUUUUAAUUACCACCUAUGCUCUUAAUGUCUGGUUUUUGUGUUUAAACUGUGAGAUGUUGUUCUGCAAUUAUUUACAGUGAAGUUGAAAUUAUAUUUUUUGAGAAAUGUUUUAUAUUUUUGUUGAAUCAAAUACUGUGAUCUUUAAAAUCAACUGUACUAGAUAGUGUACAUUCGUAUGGCUGUAUUCUCUUUUACUAUUUGUAUUUUACAAUUUCAUUUCAACUGUGUUCUACACUGUUUUUUACUGCAGACCUUUUUGGUCAAAUUUUUCAAGGUAUCGCAUUCCAUUUAUAAAUGAUCGUAUUUUCCCAAAUGAAGCUUAAAUCUGACUGAAAUGUUACGCUAUAAAAUAGGUUUCAUAGUAAAAGAACUAUGCAUUAGUUAAUCCUAGUCUGACUGCUGUAGGUGUAUUCCAGUGUGUAGACUAGAUAUAGAUUAUAUUAGAUGUAGUAUGGUAAAAAUUGGAUUCUUUUUGAUCUAAAUCAUUUAAUAAAGUAAUAGCUGAUCAUAAAAAU